AACAACUCUGAUUUGUAACUACAGAUCCCUGGCGGCUUCUACAAACACUGUCUCAGAUGAGGCACAAUGGCCCAACUACUAGCUCAUUUUAAGAACAUUACACGCCUGAAAGCUGAAGAACUCCUGUUGGAGUCAGGGAAAGAUGGCAGCUUCCUCAUACGUGACAGUGAGAGUAUUCAGGGGGCGUAUACUCUGUGUAUUUUGUACCAGGGUAGAAUACACCAAUACCGCAUCCUGACUGGUCAGGACGGAAAACUGUCUGUCCAAUCAGAGAAGGGGGUUCAGGAGAGGAAGUACGUUGACCUGUCACAGCUUAUCCACGAGUAUGUGAACCGAGGCAGUAAUAAUGGGUUGAUUUGUGCUCUAAAGUAUCCCGUGGAGGAGAAGAAACCUCCAGAACAGGCCAAGUUGACUGAGGAGCCAGAUAGUGAUACAGACGAUGAUGAUGAUGAGUCAGACUUUGAGCAGGUCCCUCCCACUGUUACAUCUCCGUCACUGGAGACUGCUGACACUCUGGAGUCAAGCCCAAAUGAUGACGACAUCACGCGCCAUUUCCAGCAAAAACUGACAAUGCUGGAGUUAUCAAAUGUGGAGGGCCCAUUUAUUGGUGCCUUACAAGAAUAUGCUGACUAUGGCGCUAAGAAUGACGUCCUCACCAUCAAAUCAGGAACAAGUUCCCAUCUCCCUGAGCUGCAGAGGCUGCUGGCAGUGGCUGCAGUGAACUUAGAGAGGCAUUUUGAGAAUUUUAUGGAUAAAAUAGAGUUGUGCCAUGAACUGUUUAGUCAAACAGCCACUCAGAAUAGUAAACCGCCCAAAGCAAGGCGCAGCAAGUAUUACAAGUAAUCAAAUCAACCAAGAAUAACAAGCAGCUGGAUAUAGUGAUAGAGGGAAGAAAGAAGGAUGAGAGUUACGAGUUUGAGAACGUCCGUGAGCGGGAACGUUUCUGUCAGCUCAUUCAGCAAAUGAAGAGCAUGCAUUCUGUCAACCCUGAAGUGGAUCAUGUGUCGUUGUUCGUUGGCUCGUGGAACAUGGGUGAUGCCACGCCAUUUUGGAACCUCACCCCGUGGUUCAAGUGUUAUGGCGCAGGGAAGAGCCGAGAUAAAACCCUGGGGAUGAUCCCCCAUGAUGUCUAUGUGGUGGGAACACAGGAGAGUGCCCUGGCGGAGAAAGACUGGGUGAAACGUGUGACAGAGGCCAUCAGGAACGCUUUGAAUAUUGAUUUGCAUACAGUGACAAUCUGUAGCCUGUGGGGUAUACGGCUGUUGGUACUGGUUAAACCAGAACACAAGAACAGGAUCAGCCAUGUACAGCACUCUACAGUCAAGACUGGCAUUGCUAACGCAUUGGGCAACAAGGGAGCAGUGGGAGUUUCCUUCUACUUUGGCGGGACUUCCUUCUGCUUCAUAAACUGUCAUCUGACAUCUGGACAUGAAAAGAACCACAGGAGAAAUCAAAAUUACCGUGACAUUUUGAAAGGCAUGUCGCUAGGCCAGAAACAGCUGAGUAUGUUUGAUCUGACCAAUCAGUUUCAUCAUAUCUUCUUCCUUGGAGAUCUCAAUUACAGACUAGAGGGGGAGGAUGCUAAUGAAAUCAUCAAUAAGAUUAAAGAGAAGGAUUUCCAUGCUUUACUAGAGAGAGAUCAACUGAGAAAAUGCAUGAAGAAUAAAGAAGUUUUUGUCAACUUUGCCGAGGAAGACAUCACAUUUCCACCAACUUACAGGAUCGCACGGAAUACAUUGGACAAGUACGAGUGGAAGAAAGUCAAGAAAACAGGGGUGAGAAUCAAUGUGCCUUCUUGGUGUGAUAGGACAUUAUGGAAAUCAUAUCCUCAGACUUAUGUCAAUAACACAGCAUACGGUUGUGUGGAGGAGAUCUGGUCCAGCGAUCACAAGCCAGUUUUCUCUUCAUUUGAAAUUGGAGUCAUUCCGCAGACGGUCCCCGGGGCCCAGCGCAGUGACGACCUUGAAAUUAUUUUCCAAGAGGUCAAGAUUGAAGUCAAGACAUGCUCAAAGCCACACUUUCAGCUAGAUUUUCAUUCUAAUUGUUUGGAGAGCCCAGUUGUCAGUCAGCCCAACAAGACAUACGGCAGCAGCAAUGACAAUGCAAAAUGUUAUCCGAAGUGGGAGCAUGAACUGCUACCAAAGCUUCACCCUAUAUUCUCUGACGUGGACUAUUUGGAGGAUCAGCACAUUCUAGUGGCUGUCAAAGCCAAGGACGAGUCUGACUCAUACGGAGAAUUUGUUGUGUCCCUGAAGCAGAAGUUCAGUGUGUCAGCUCAGCCAUUUACCUGCUAUAUGUUACAUCAGGGAGAGGAGACGGGCUCUGUGAGUGGAUUUGUGCACAUUGUGGCAAAGAAUGCAGAGAGUACAAGACGUCAUCAAUCCAGAAAAAGUUAUGAAUGUGUGUACAUGGACACAGACAUACUGAAAGGACCCCCUACCCCGCCUGCAGGUCAGGCAAUGCUUAGUCCAGUGGUUGAAGAACUCGGGAAGAAAUUGUCGCUCACCAAAUCUUCUUCAGUGCCAUUAUCUGUUGGAUCAGCCAAAUCAAAAGACAGGGGGCCUCCUCUUCCACCAAGGCCUACAGAUCUCCUUAGCGACAGCGCUGUGGCCCCAUCUUUUGGUGCAGUCAGCCCAGUGGUGCCACCUGGAGGUGGAGAACCAGUGGUGCCACCUAGGCCUCACAAGAUGAGCCCAGCCCCAGUUGAACUCCCGCCACCUUUGGUUCCAUCAGCACCACCCACAGAUCAUAAUGAUGAUGAUAUUUUUGGCACUUUCGGUGGAUUUUCGUUCUUAAAGCAUGGACAACAGGGGCAUUCCCCAAGGGGAGGGAAAAUGCCACAGAAAGAUUCUCGAAGGAUGUCAGACGGGACUGCUCCACCUAUGUCUCCAGUGAAGAAUAACUUGGACAGCAAGAGACUCGUUGAUUUGAAGCCGUGUCCUUCUAAUAAGCCUCAGUCUGGACUGGUAGGUCAAGGUCAUGCUGAAGGUCAUGAUCCUUCAACAGCGGAAAAUUAUUACACUCAUUUACUGACUCGGCAGGACUCUGACAGUUCUGAGUACACCUCUCCUCCUCCUCUCCCUGAAAAAACCAGACCCUUCAGUGAUUCGGGAUCGUAUGCCUCACUACGCACCCCUGUUACUCUAACACAAUGGCUGCUUGAGCUUGGUCUGCCAUUUUACAACGACAUCUUUCUGGAAAACGGCUGGGACACAAUGGCGUACAUGAAGGACAUGACGGAACAAGACCUCAAGGACAUGAACAUCAGUAAUGCUGAACACAGGAAGAGAAUUCUGUCAAGUUUGCAGGAGAUGAAAUAGGGGGAAAUGUUCCUAAAAUAAAUGGCAGAAAAGGUGGCACGAUUAAUUUGGAAAUAUGUACAAUUCAGUGCAAAAAUAGCUGGAUCUGUCUUUUAUCUUUCAGGAUUAUAACAAUGUUCUUCAGAGGGUCUAUUAUUUGAUGAAGAUCAAUGCAGAUGGAUCUAAAACCAGUAGGAGUAUAUGGAGGCUUGCAUAAUUUUUACAUACAAGUGUUACACAUAUACCAAAAUGUAUAUUGUUUGCUUCCAUGACAUACCUAAAACAGAUCCUGUACUACUGGAAAGCAGGCAGUGCAUGGAGACAGUUGUAAAGCAGUGCUGCCACCUUUUAACUAAAGACUUGUCAUAUUUACAGUGACAUGAAGGCAGGAAUUUUGAGUUGGGAAUUUUAGAUUGGAAAAUGUUAAGUUAAAACUAUGAAUGAUUGCAGGAUACAUGACUGACUUUUGGAAUCAGAUUGAGGGGAAUAACCUUUUUUUCUUGAAGAAAGUGAGCAACAGUCAAGCAACAGACAAAGAUGAGCUGCUGCCCAUGUGAAGAAGGCUUUACAAUUCUCUGUGCAAUUGAAAAUGCAUAUUCACUUUUUAACAGACAGAUUGAGACCCUUGAGUUGCCAUAAUUUUGUUAAAAACAAAACUUCAAAAUGGUAUUAGUAAGAGUAAUAACAGUAAUAGUGGCAUUGAUGACCGAUUCUGUGUCUGUUGUAUGAAUUUUAUUUAAAUUUAUGAAAUUAUAUAUUUAUCAGAACCAUUUAUCAAGUAUUAUUCAGUUGUGAGUAUUGUGUUAUUGUAAAAAGCAAUAAUCAAACACCUGUCAGCAACUUUUUUAUAUAUCAGAUUAGUUUUUACAGGAUAUUAGUAUUAAUGAAUACAGUGUAGAUAAGUUUGGAACUUAUGAAAUUGAAAUACAGUUUUUAGAUAA